AUGAUCUCUACUUUAGCUACAUUCCCACCGUUUCUGCACAAAGAUAUCAUAGAGUAUCUCAGCACUUCGUUCUUGCCCAUGGCAAUAUUGGGAUCUUCAAGGAGAGAAGGGGUACCAGCUCAUGUUAAUCUUUCUGCAUCUUCAAUGCUAAUGAUCGCAAUGCAGUAUACAACCAAUCCUGUGUAUCAUUGUCAGUUACUGGAAUGUCUUAUGAAACACAAACAGGAAGUAUGGAAAGAUUUGCUAUAUGUAAUAGCAUAUGGCCCAUCUCAAGUAAAGCCACCUGCAGUCCAAAUGCUUUUCCACUACUGGCCCAACUUAAAACCUCCUGGGGCAAUAAGUGAAUAUCGAGGACUACAGUAUACAGCAUGGAAUCCCAUUCAUUGUCAGCACAUUGAAUGCCAUAAUGCAAUUAACAAGCCAGCUGUGAAGAUGUGCGUAGACCCUUCUUUAUCUGUGGCUUUGGGUGAUAAACCACCCCCUCUCUAUCUCUGUGAAGAAUGCAGCCAAAGGAUUGCAGGGGAUCACAGUGAAUGGUUGGUUGAUGUUCUUUUACCACAAGCUGAAAUUUCUGCAAUAUGUCAGAAGAAGAAUUGCAGCUCACAUGUUAGGAGGGCUGUUGUGACAUGUUUCUCUGCUGGGUGCUGUGGUCGCCAUGGUAACAGGCCAGUGCGUUACUGCAAAAGAUGCCACUCAAAUCAUCACAGCAGUGAAGUCGGGGCAACAGCAGAGACUCACCUUUAUCAGACAUCACCACCUCCUAUCAAUACCCGUGAAUGUGGUGCUGAGGAAUUAGUCUGUACGGUGGAAGCUGUCAUCAGCCUGCUGAAAGAGGCUGAAUUCCAUGCUGAACAAAGAGAGUACGAGCUCAAUCGCAGGAGGCAGCUGGGCCUGUCUUCCUCUCAUCAUUCUUUGGACAACACAGAUUUUGAUAACAAAGAUGAUGACAAGCAUGAUCAGCGGCUUCUGAGCCAAUUUGGAAUCUGGUUCCUGGUUAGCCUAUGCACCCCUAGCGAGAACACUCCUACAGAGAGUUUGGCACGGCUUGUCAGCAUGGUUUUCCAGUGGUUCCACUCCACGGCAUACAUGAUGGAUGAUGAAGUUGGCAGCCUAGUGGAGAAACUCAAACCCCAAUUUGUCACUAAAUGGCUGAAAACAGUGUGCGAUGUUAGAUUUGAUGUCAUGGUGAUGUGCCUUCUUCCUAAACCAAUGGAAUUUGCAAGGGUAGGUGGAUAUUGGGAUAAGUCAUGUAGCACUGUGACACAAUUAAAGGAAGGUCUGAAUCGGAUCCUCUGCUUAAUUCCAUACAAUGUAAUCAAUCAACCUGUGUGGGACUGUAUUAUGCCAGAAUGGCUGGAAGCCAUCAGGACUGAAGUGCCAGAUAAUCAACUAAAGGAAUUCAGGGAAGUAUUAAGUAAAAUGUUUGAUAUUGAGCUAUGCCCACUCCCUUUUUCUAUGGAGGAAAUGUUCGGCUUCAUAAGCUGUCGAUUCACAGGAUAUCCAUCCUCUGUACAAGAACAAGCUCUACUCUGGCUUCAUGUGUUAUCUGAAUUGGACAUUGUAGUUCCACUUCAGUUGGUAAUCAGUAUGUUUUCUGAUGGUGUUAAUUCUGUGAAAGAACUGGCAAAUCAAAGAAAAUCGAGAGUCAGUGAGAUAACUGGGAACCUUGCAGCUCGAAGGGUGAGCAUUGCUUCCGAUCCAGGACGCAGAGUUCAGCAUAAUACACUGAGCCCAUUCCCAAGCCCAUUUCAGAGUCCAUUUCGCAGCCCCAUGCACAGCCCUUUCCGCAGUCCUUUCAAAAAUUUUGGACCCCCUGGAGGAGGAAGGACCUUUGACCUUGACUGUGAUGAUGAUGAAAUGAAUUUGAGUUGUUUCAUCCUAAUGUUUGAUCUCAUCUUGAAGCAGAUGGAAUUACAAGAUGAUGGCAUUACCUUGGGCUUGGAGAACAGCAUUUCCAAAGACAUAAUUUCUAUCAUCAACAAUGUAUUCCAGGCCCCCUGGGGUGGCUCCCAUAUUUGUCAAAAAGAUGAGAAGGCAGUAGAAUGUAAUUUAUGCCAAUCUAGUAUCUUAUGCUAUCAGAUGGCUUGUGAACUCUUGGAAAGAUUAGCUCCCAAAGAAGAAAUCAGACUGGUGGAACCGACAGAUAACUUAGAGGACAGUCUUCUUGAUUCCAAACCAGAGUUUAUUAUAGGAACUGAAGGGAAUGCAGAAAACAAAACUGCCCCAGAGCAUGUAGAAAACCCAGGGAAUCACACAGAAGCAACAGAAAAUACAGCACCCAUAAAAAAUGACACUGAAAGGAAAUUUUGUUACCAGCAGCUCCCAGUGACAUUAAAACUCAUAUAUACAAUAUUGCAGGAAAUGGCACGAUUUGAAGAGCCAGAUAUUCUCUUUAACAUGCUUAACUGCUUGAAGAUUCUUUGCCUUCAUGGGGAAUGCUUAUACAUUGCAAGGAAGAACUAUCCUCAGUUCCUAGCAUAUAUUCAAGACUACAUGCUGAUUGCCAGCUUAUGGAGAGUUGUAAAAUCAGAGUUCUCCCAGCUUUCUUCACUAGCAGUGCCACUCCUUCUCCAUGCUCUUUCAUUGCCUCAUGGAGCUGAUAUUUUCUGGACAAUCAUCAAUACCAACUUCAAUAGCAAAGACUGGAAAGUUAGAUUUGAAGCAGUGGAGAAAGUAGCUGUGUUGUGUAGAUUCCUGGAUAUUCACUCGGUGACCAAAAAUCAUCUACUGAAAUACUCCUUGGCACAUGCCUUUUGUUGUUUUCUGACUGCUGUGGAAGAUGUGAAUCCAGCUGUGGCCACCAGAGCAGGGCUUCUGCUAGACACCAUAAAAAGGCCAGCCUUGCAGGGACUAUGCCUUUGUCUUGAUUUCCAGUUUGAUACUGUUGUCAAAGACAGACCCACUAUUCUUAGCAAGCUUUUGCUACUACAUUUUCUCAAGCAAGAUAUUCCAGCGUUGAGCUGGGAAUUCUUUGUGAAUCGGUUUGAGACGCUCUCUCUUGAGGCACAACUUCACUUGGACUGCAACAAGGAAUUCCCCUUCCCAACAACGAUCACAGCGGUCCGGACCAAUGUUGCCAACUUAAGUGACACAGCAAUGUGGAAGAUCAAGAGAGCUCGGUUUGCUCGGAAUCGGCAGAAGAGCGUGCGUUCUUUGAGGGACAGUGUGAAAGGUCCAGCAGAAUCCAAGAGGGCACUUUCUCUUCCAGAAACCUUAACAACCAAAAUCCGGCAGCCUUCUCCAGAGAAUGAUAAUACCAUAAAGGACCUUCUCCCAGAGGACGCUGGGAUUGAUCAUCAAACUGUCCAUCAACUCAUUACUGUGCUGAUGAAAUUUAUGGCCAAGGAUGAGAGUAGUGCAGAAUCAGAUAUCAGCAGUGCUAAAGCCUUCAAUACAGUCAAGCGUCAUUUAUAUGUCUUGCUGGGCUACGAUCAACAGGAAGGAUGCUUCAUGAUUGCACCUCAGAAGAUGCGAAUAUCAACCUGCUUUAAUGCAUUUAUUGCAGGAAUUGCACAAGUGAUGGAUUACAACAUUAACCUAGGGAAGCAUCUUCUUCCUUUGGUGGCUCAGGUGUUGAAGUACUGCACGUGCCCUCAGCUUAGACAUUAUUUCCAGCAGCCCCCUCGUUGUUCCCUUUGGUCCCUUAAGCCUCACAUUCGACAGAUGUGGCUGAAGGCCUUGCUUGUCAUCCUAUAUAAGUAUCCUUAUAGAGAUUGUGAUAUCAGUAAAAUUGUGCUGAGUCUCAUCCAUAUAACCAUCAACACAUUAAAUGCCCAGUAUCACAGCUGCAAGCCUCAUGCCACAGCGGGUCCUUUGUAUACUGACAACAGCAAUGUAAGCCGGUACAGUGAGAAAGAAAAAGGUGAAAUAGAACUGGCUGAAUAUAGAGAAACUGGCAUAUUGCAAGACAAUAUUCUGCGCUGUAUGAGAGAAGAAAGCAUUCAGAAAAAGAAACUGCGCUCUCUAAAACAAAAAUCUCUUGACAUAGGAAACGCAGACUCCCUGUUGUUUACAUUAGACGAGCACCGUCGGAAAUCAUGCAUAGACCACUGUGACUUAGAAAAACCACCUGCCGCUUCCACUUACACCACACUGAGGCAGAAUGAUUAUGGACAACCACAGCAAAAUCCUUCUACCAAAACAGAAGAACAAUAUACAGGAGAAAAGGAAAAUAUUCCAGCUGUCCCGGGAAGAAGUCAAACAAGGCGACGGCCUAUUAUACCAGAAGUCAGGUUAAACUGCAUGGAACCAUAUGAAGUCACCAUAGAUUCCCCAUCUAAAAUGUCUCCUCCAAAGGAGGACUUAGAUCUCAUAGAUCUGUCAUCUGAUUCAACAUCGGGGCCCGAAAAACAGUCCGUUGUUUCCAAUUCAGAUAGUGACUCUUUAGUUUUUGAGCCCCUCCCUCCUCUGAGAAUAGUGGAAAGUGAUGAGGAAGAGACUGAUCUCACAAGUCAGUUGUGCGACGUUGAUUCUAGGAUGACACUUGCCUCCUUGCCAUCAAGUCCUACCAGUGUUUCUAUCCUCAGUCUUAGCAUAACGCCGCUGGUGCAAUUUAGCACUGAAGAUUGUUCCAAAGUUGUAACUCCUUGUGAAGUGAGUCAUUUUGUAUCAUUCGCACAAGACAAAACUCCCCCAACUACCCCUGAAAGUCAAAAGGGUGUUGAUGAGCUAGCUAAGCCGGAAGGGAUAUCCCCUGGCAGCCCCCUGACACUAAAGCAAAAACGGGAUACGCUACAAAAAUCAUACGCUCUCUCGGAGAUGUCCAUUGAUGAUAACUCUGAUUUAUGCAUAGAAGAUAUGAAGCCUGUUGGAUCCUUUCCGAGUUCAACUCGGAAAAUGGUCUUUAUUAAGCUCCCCGAGGACUCUGAUAGCCAAGCUGAAAGUCAGAAGCCAGAUGCCAGCGCAGAAUCUGAUACAGAACAAAGUACAGAACCAAAGCAAGAGGAAGAAGCCGAAGAAUCAGAAUUUAAAAUCCAAAUAGUUCCUAGACAGAGAAAGCAGAGGAAGAUUGCUGUGAGUGCCAUCCAGAGAGAAUACCUGGACAUUUCCUUCAACAUCUUAGAUAAGUUGGGAGAACAGAAAGAGACAGAUGUAUCAACUAAAGUACUUUCAACCUUAGAAAUGCCAAGGGAGUCAUCUUCUGCUCCUACACUUGACGCAGGUGUACCAGAGAUAAGUAGCCACUCUUCUAUGUCAACUCAAUUCCGACAGAUGAAAAGAGGUUCUUUGGGAGCACUGACCAUGAAUCAGUUGAUGAAGAGGCAGCUGGAACAUCAAUCUAGUGCUCCUCAUAAUAUUAGCACAUGGGACACUGAACAGAUACAGCAUGGGAAGAGACCGUGCAAUGUCUCAGUUUGCCUAAAUCCUGACCUAGAGGGACAACCAUUAAGAAUAAGAGGUGCCACAAAAUCAAGCUUGCUGUCAGCACCUAGCAUUGUUAGUAUGUUUGUUCCAGCACCAGAAGAUUUUAUUGAUGAUCAGCCUACCAUGAUGACAGACAAAUGCCAUGACUGCGGAGCCAUCCUGGAGGAGUAUGAUGAAGAAACACUGGGUCUGGCUAUAGUAGUUCUCUCCACAUUCAUUCAUCUCAGCCCAGAUUUGGCUGCUCCUUUGUUGCUGGAUAUUAUGCAAUCUGUAGGGAGGUUGGCUUCAAGUACCAAUUUCUCUAAUCAAGCAGAAAGUAUGAUGAUUCCGGGAAAUGCUGCAGGUGUGGCAAAGCAGUUUCUGCGUUGCAUUUUCCAUCAGCUUGCUCCCAAUGGUAUAUUUCCACAGCUGUUUCAAAGCAACAUCAAGGAUGGAAGCUUUUUACGAACCUUGGCCACCUCUCUUAUGGAUUUCAGUGAGCUGAGUUCUAUAGCUGCAUUGAGCCAACUCUUAGAGGGUUUAAACAACAAAAAGAAUUUGCCAGCAGGAGGUGGAAUGUUACGCUGCUUGGAAAACAUCGCUACAUUUAUGGAAGCUUUGCCAAUGGAUUCCCCAAGCAAUCUUUGGACUACAAUCAGCAACCAGUUUCAAACUUUCUUUACCAAAUUACCAUGUGUUUUGCCCCUUAAGUGUUCACUGGAUUCCAGUGUAAGGAUAAUGAUCUGUUUGCUGAAGAUUCCCACCAGUAGUGCUGCCAGGAGCCUUCUGGAACCAUUUUCAAAAUUGCUGAGCUUUGUCAUUCAGAAUGCCAUCUUUACCCUGGCUUAUUUGAUUGAACUGUGUGGCUUAUGUCACCGAGCUUUCACAAAGGAAAGGGAUAAAUUCUACUUAUCCCGCAGUGUCAUCUUAGAGUUACUGCAAGCUUUGAAGUUAAAGUCGCCUUUGCCAGACACCAAUCUGCUGCUCUUGGUCCAGUUUGUUUGCGCAGAUGCUGGGACAAAGCUAGCCGAAUCAAUGAUCUUACACAAGCAAAUGAUUGCUUCUCUCCCUGGAUGUGGAACAGCAGCCAUGGAAUGCAUGAGGCAGUACAUUGGUGAAGUUUUGGAUUUUAUUGCUGACAUGCAUACGUUAACCAAAUUAAAGAGUCACAUGAAAACAUGUUCCCAGCCAUUGCAUGAAGAUACUUUUGGUGGACAUCUAAAAGUGGGCUUAGCACAGAUUGCUGCAAUGGAAAUCUCACGUGGCAACCACCGGGAUAACAAGGCUGUGGUUCGUUACCUGCCUUGGCUGUAUCAUCCUCCAUCUGCAAUGCAACAAGGGCCCAAAGAAUUCAUUGAAUGUGUGUCUCAUAUUCGACUGCUCUCUUGGCUACUGUUGGGGUCUCUGACACAUAAUGUUGUCUGUCCGAAUUCCCCUUCAGCUUGUAUGCCCAUUCCAUUGGAUGCAGGUUCCCAUGUUGCUGAUCAUUUAAUUGUCAUCCUGAUUGGGUUUCCGGAGCAAUCCAAGACAUCUGUCUUGCAUAUGUGUUCUCUCUUCCAUGCCUUUAUAUUUGCUCAGCUGUGGACAGUAUAUUGUGAACAAGCUGCAGUUGCUCCCACAGUCCAAAAUCAAAAUGAAUUUAGUUUUACAGCAAUCCUCACAGCUCUGGAAUUUUGGAGCCGAGUAACACCAAGCAUCCUCCAGCUGAUGGCACAUAACAAGGUGAUGGUAGAAAUGGUGUGUCUCCAUGUGAUCAGUUUAAUGGAGGCUUUGCAAGAAUGUAAUUCUACCAUUUUUGUCAAGCUCAUCCCAAUGUGGUUACCAAUGAUUCAAUCCAAUCUAAAGCAUUUAUCUGCUGGCCUCCAGCUCCGCCUGCAAGCUAUUCAGAACAACGUGAACCAUCAUAGCCUUAGAAUGUUACAGGGAUCCGUUCAGAUGAACACCAACACCUCUGUCCUUCGCAAGUGGCUGCAGUGUACACAGUUCAAAAUGGCUCAAGUGGAAAUCCAGUCAUCUGAAGCAGCAUCUCAGUUUUAUCCUUUAUGAGUUGGGUGGAAUGUUCUGUGAACCUGUUAGUCUAGCAAUAAUAGGGCUAAAGCUAUAAGACAAUGGCCAUCUUUAGAAACCAUACAACAGUACUGUAGCUCCGUUUUUGUUUUGUUCUUGUAGAGAGAAAAAAGGUGAAAUGGCUGAAGACAGUGGGCUGCCUGUGUCCCCCAGUAACCAAAAGCAUGUUUUGGCUGAUGCAUAACAUUUACAGGAAUAGUCUAUGAAAUGUGGGGUUUGCUCACUAAAGCCUGAGCCAAU